AUGUUGAACCCAUCCACGCCGCGCCUGAGCCGCCGCCAAGGCCCCUCGACGCCGCCCACCUCCACGAAAAAACCGGGGCUGCAGAAAUUGCCCGUGUUUCGCUUGCCGAAAGACGAAACACAUAAACAGCUCGAAACGCCGGCUCUGCACGGCCUCCGUCGCGUGGUGGACCUUGCGCCGCCCACACAAGACGCGUUCCCGUUGCUGCCGCAGUUCACGCCGCACAAAUCGCCCCAUCACCGGAGAAGACGCGUCUUUCCUGGUGAGCUCUUCAACACCGAUGCUGUCUCGGUUCUCUUGCCAAACCAUGCGGUUUCUGGCAGCGGGCGUAAAACCUUUGGUGGUGGCCGUCUGUUGAAGGCUCCUUUUCAGCUUGCAUGUGACGAAUUGGCGCUGUUGAAUGAGAACUUGGCGUUUGAGGAAGACGACGAUGAAUCCAAUGUAGACACGGGCAGCGACACCGAGUUUUGCAUGGACUCGUUCUAUGGCGAUAGCUUGAUGGCCAGUCCGAGCCGGAAGCCGCGUGCUGCCCGUAGGGCGGUGGUAUUGGAGCCGUCGCCUGAGGUGUACCCUUCCACUCCACAGAAACAGAUGAUAACCGAGGAGAAGGCGCGCGAAUGGCACUUGCCUGAGAAGAAGAACGACUUUUUGACCGAGGAAGACUGGGCUGGCCCGAAGAAUACCCUCAGAAAUCCUUUUUUGUCCUCGUCCUCGUCCUCAAGCCCUUCCAGAAAGACCCGUGGUCAAAACAUGGACCUGGUCAAUUUCGAUACACACAUCGAACUCAUCAACCAUCGCACGGGCGAACGGCAUGUGGAGGAGCUUUCUCCGGAGCAGAAACAACUCCGUCCUCGUAAAAUCGACUUCAGCGCAAUCUGA